AUGCACGAAGUACAAGUGUCGGCCAACCUCGGUUACCUUUCAGGCGGUACGGACCUCCCCGAAGACGGCCGAGAUUUUUCGAACGAGAUCGGCGGUAUCUGUUUGAUAGUUCCGCGGAGACAGACGAAGAAACAGAAAAAGCCUGACACAAUACCGGAAGAAGAGCUGGACAAAGAAGUGCACGUGAAAAGCAUUGAACUGCACAAGGGAGAUAACUGUGAGCGGCACCACACGGAUCGUUAUGAGUGUACGGAAAGUGGCGAGGUUAACGGAGAGGAGUUUGGCGCCGAGCUGGUGGUUCGGCGUGGAGACGAGUUCCUCGUGACCAUCGAGCUGGACCGACCAUACGAUAAACAUUCACAUCACCUCAACAUAGUGUUCAAAACAGGAGAGAGGCCACUUCCCAGCAAAGGUACGUUUGCCGUCUGCACGCUGAACGAAAAAGCCGAGUGUAUCACUGACAGUGGCGGGCAUUGUUGGGGCGUUCGACUGGUCACACAAGACGCGUACUGCAUCACGGUGGCAGUCUACUCGCCUCCCGACUGUCCAAUCGGAGAGUGGGAGAUGAUUGUUAAAACGGUGGUGCGCGGACAGACCGGAAGUGAAGAAGCCACCUGGUAUUACGAGUGUCCAGAAGACAUCACGAUCUUACUGAACCCUUGGUGCAAAGACGACGCUGUGUACCUCCCUGAUGAAGAGUUACUUAAAGAAUACAUCCUCAAUGAUUCGGGAGUCUGUUAUCGCGGGAGCCGUCACCAGAUUACCGCCAAACCGUGCUACUAUGGGCAGUUUGACCACGUCGUCCUCGACGCUGCACUGUUUCUGCUACGCAAAGGUUUGAUGUUCAGAUCGUCGUCGUCAAUGGGAGACCCCGUGAUGAUAGCCAGGGCGUUGUCGAAAAUAGUGAAUGGUGCCGACUCGAAUAAUGGCGUCAGCACGGGUUCGAGGGACGGAAUUCACGAAGAUGGCCGAGACACGACAGCCAGUAACGGAAGUGUAAAAAUACUGCGCCAGUACAUGGAGGAUCCAACCCAACCCGUCAAACACGGACAGUGCUGGGUGAACGCCAGCCUCCUCACUACAGUGUGUCGCGCGGUCGGCUUGCCGUGUCGGUCUGUGACGUGUUUCUGUUCGGCCCACGACAGCGACCUCAGCCUCACCGUCGACAAGGUGUUCAUGGAGGACGACCACGGCGACCCCGUCAUCCCCAGCAACUGGCUGACUGCCGACUCGGUCUGGCCUUUCCACGUGUGGAACGAGGUGUGGACGUCACGACUGGAUCUCGAUAAUACCAACUACGACGGCUGGCAGGUGGUCGACUCAACCCCGCAAAAACGCGGUGACGGUUUAUAUCGGAUCGGUCCAGCUCCAGUGACGGCUGUAAAGUCUGGUGAUGUUGAGGUGGAUUACGACACGACGUUUGUGUUUGCUGAAGUCAACGCUGACGUCAUCCACUGGAAGCAGACGAUAACCGGGGAGCUUACCGCAAUUAGGAAGAUAACUGACCAGGUGGGUGCGGAGUUGUGCACACACAGACCGACAGGACGUCCAUACAGGGGAGCUCAGUAUUACAUGCUAGAACAGGAUGGUGAGCUGGAAAGGGAGAUAAUCACAAACAACUACAAACAUGAAGAAGGAAGUGUAGACAAAUUGGCUGCUGUUCUAAAGGCAACUAAGAUCUACAACGUGACCACAAAUCCUUGCGAAAUAAAACAACAGGGGAGUCUACAAAUCAAGAUCCAGAAAUGUGAUGAUGUCGUCAUAGGGGCCGACGUGGCCUUCUCGUUCGGUGUAACAAACAGAGGUGUGGAGACGAGGCGAGUGCGGACGGUUUUGAUGGUGACGCCCACGUGCUACAGAGGCGUGCUUCGCGACACCGUCCAUAAAUACCGCUUCGACGACGUCGACAUCAGUCCCGGUGACGAGAAGACAUUCACCUCGUGUUUAGAUGGAGCGGAAGCGUUUGAGAAGAUCGGUGGAUCCCCGGUGAAGGUCAACGCUUACGCGCAUGUCGCAGGGGACACAACCGAGACGGUGGAGGACGAAUGCGACUUCACGUUUCAUAUUCCAUCUUUAAUCUUUGAGGGUCCAUGUCGUUGUCACCGCAAUGACGUCAUCAGCGUGCACGUUUCGUUCAAGAAUGCACUACACAUUGCUCUGACCGGGUGUUUCCUGGAUAUGGAGGGAAGCUUGGAGUGUGAACCACCUACAACAAACCCUUUGAUAAUGCAAGACAUACCAGCAGGCGAAACAUACGAGACAGAGAUCUCUCUCCGGGCCAGGAAGUCACAGCGGCGGAAGUCAGUGAGGGAACUGUGCGCCAGUUUUUACUGCAACGAACUUCCGGUCAUCAAUGGCAAAUACGACAUUGAAUUGGACGUUUGAAUCAGCUGUAACAACAGUAUUAUUCUUGUUUCGGUGCAUCAAGCACA